CAGGACGGGGCCGCCUCUCCUCUCGGUGCCUGGUGGUCUCCUGGAGGGGGGAGUGCCCACUUUCACCGCUGCCUCCUGCUGUGCCUGCUCCUGCUUUCAGCAUGGUAAAGAAGAAUACUAUCCCCGACGGAUGGCGGAGCUUGACACCGGUUGGACAGCCAAUACCAGGAACUAGAUUUAUUGCAUUCAAAGUACCUUUAAAAGGGGCAAUUAACCAGAGGCUUACUCCAACUCAGAAAUUCACACCAAAAGACCUGAUUGCUGCAAUGAAAGCUCUAAAUGUGGAGCUUGGCUUAAUUAUUGAUUUAACAUAUACCACACGAUACUAUGAAGUUAAGGAUUUACCUAAAAGUGUGCAGUAUAAGAAACUUUACACUGUUGGACUUGAAGUACCUGAUAAUGCUACUAUCCUACAGUUCAAAAAAUGGGUCAGAAAAUUUCUGUGGGAAAAUGCAGGAAAUGAGAAGCUCAUUGGUGUUCACUGUACGAACGGAAUUAACAGAACUGGCUACCUUAUAUGUAGGUAUCUUAUUGAUGUUGAAGGUUGGGAUCCAGAGGCAGCAAUUGAAGCUUUUGGUGAUGCUAGAGGUCAUCACAUGGAUGGUCUCGUCUAUCUCACAGAUCUCAGAACACAACCGAUGAGAAGUAACCUUGGAAUGGAUGUGUGGGAUUCAGAAGAAGAUAUUAUUCCCCCGCCACAUGCAGUGGAAGGACCUACAGAACGGUUCCCAGAUGAAGAUUUUCAAGGGCCUGGAAAAAGAUUAAGAAUUUAUGAUGACCACUCACACAGUGAUUUGCAAGGACAGAUACAGUUGAGAGAUUUUGAUUUCAUUAAUAAGGGACCUGGACAAAGACGAAGACCAUUUCAUGAUCACCAGUCUCAGGAUGAUUUACGAGCACCAAUGCAGAUGAGGAAUUGGGACUACAAUAGGGGACCCGGACAGAGGCGCAGACCCUUUCCCAAUCACCAGCUUUAUGAUGAUUACCAAGAAGACCUGCAGCUCAAGGACUCAGAAUUCAGUAACAAGGGCCCUGGACAACGACUGAGACCUUUUCAUGGUCACCAGUUUCAUGAUGAUUUACAGGCAGAGAGACAGUCAAGGGACUUUGAAUUUAACAGGGGCCGAGGACAAAGGCAGAGAUCUUUUCCUGACCACCCACCUCAAAGUGAUUUGCAGGAAGAUGUGCAAUCAAAGGAUUAUGAUUUUGGUAGCAGGGGCCGUGGUCAGAGGCGAAGACCCUUCCAUGACCACCAGUCUCACAAUGAAUUUCAGAACCAGAUGCAGUUAAAAGAGGUAGAUUUUGUCAACAAAGGCCCUGGUCAAAGACUGAGACCCUUGCACGACUAUCAGCCCCAUGAUGAUUUACAGCCCCAGAUGCAAGUGGGAGAUUUUGAAUUUGUAAACCGGGGCCGUGGCCAGAGAUUGAGACCUUUUCAUGAUCACCAACCUUGCAGUGACUUACAAACAGAGAUGCAACUAAAAGAUUAUGAUAAUAAGGGUCCUGGACCAAGACACAGAUCUUUCCAUGACCAAGAAUCUUAUGAUGACUUACAGGAACAGACUCCAUUAAAAGAUUUUGAUUACGCAAAUAAAGGGCAUGGACAAAGGCUGAGAUCUUUUCAUAAUCAUCCAGCUCAUGAUGGCUUGCCACAUGAAUGGUGUUCAGACAGAAGUCAGUCUUUUUCAUCUCAUGAAAAUGUAUCACAAUCUCAUUUCUCCUCAUCCCCUUCACUUCACAGAGAUUAUGGGCCUGAUAAUGAGGACUUUAGCAGAAGUUACAGUAAUCGACCAAGUUGUCCAGAAGACACUAGGAGAAUGCAUCCUUCAGAUGAAUUUAAUAGAGGGAAAAACAGAUUUGCACCAUAUUCUUCACAUUCAAUGCAUCCAGCUUCAUCUGUGCACCAGGAAGAGAGUUCAAUAGACUAUGAAAGAAAACCUUUUCAAGGUGAAACUGCAAGAGAGGUGGAACAGGGCAAAAGGCUACCAGUUGUAACGGUUGAUUACAAUUAUGGCUUGCCAUUAGAUUAUGGACCCGAAGAGGAAGAGAGGACACAUUAUGAUUUACCUCCAAGAGACCGCUACAACUGGAACUGAAUGAAAAGGACAGUCUUUGCUCAGCUUACACUUACAGUUUCCCAUUUUACUUUCUAUGUGGACCAGCAUUUUUUUUUUUAACAAAUUAGAAAACUGCAAAUUUCAACAGCAGAGAACUUCUCUCUAUUGUAAGAUUAGCUUCUCCUGGUGUUUGGUUCUAAAAUUUAUUAAGAUGCUUUUGUUAAGUGUAGUUGGAGACAAGGUCUCAGUACCCAUGGAAUGAAAGUAGUCGUCCUUCCUUUUAGUGAAAUUGGAAACCUAUCCCUUAAUGCCAACAACUUUCUCACAGAUAGUCAUUGUGUCUUUUGUUUGAGUUUCUUUAAAAUGUAUGUAUUUCAAGAUGCAGAACUUGCAAUAAAACACUGCACCAUGAGGUGAAAUAGCACUGAGAUUAUAGAACUACUGUGAAAUUAAUUAAAUAGUUGUCAGCUUUCUCCUUUAACUGGAAUUAGUUUGAAUUAAUGCCAGCAAAAAUGAGUGUCUUUGUUGUGAAGCAUUGACUAUUUGAAAGGGAUCCUUAAAACAGAUGCUUUAACUUGUAAUGAUCUUAACAAGAGACAAAGUUUCAGUGGAUUGAGUGCCCAACUAAUAGGUAAGAUGAAUUUGUUCCACCAUAUACAAGUCUAAUGACUUGUAUAUAUCCUAUAUAUCCUACUUUCUCUUUUGAUUUUGUUCCAAGUCUGUGGGAUCUUUGUAGCCCUGCAGUUUAACUCUAGUUUUUCUGUACCAUCAGCUGAAGAGGCCUUGGCACACACUUUUUUCAUAGCAGAAUUUUUUUUCCAUCCAGAUUGCUAAGAACUUUGAGACCUGACUCAAAGGAGACCUGGUUUUCAAAUAUUCUAAAUAUCAGACCUGCGUUUCAGUAAUGUGUAAAUCCCAUCCUGACUCUAUUUCUUCCUGAUCUCAUAGAUGAAACAUACAUAUUUCAGAAUAGCCCUAUAAAGUUGAAUUUCAGAUUUUUUUCCACAACGUACUGCAAUGAGGUUGCUCACAUGAUGAGCUUAUUUAUCUCAGCUAGCUAGGAUUUUGCCUGCAGGGUAAGUGCAUUUGUCUCCCUAUUUGUCAGUUGGAUCUCUCUCCUUCUGUAGCGUUUACUGAAAGCUUUUGUUUACAGCAGAGCAAUUUAAUCGGAGUAGAAAAUAACAUCUUCUGGUAAAUUACUUUUAUAUUCAUGGAUUGGAACUCUCUCCUCUGGAGUGAAACUCCACUGGAUCUCCAGAAGGAAAUGCUACAAACAGGGACUAAAUAAAUGUCAGCAGCUGCCUCCGAUUGUGUGCAAAACCAAAUCUUAAUUAAAAGGACAGAAAAUAGUAUUAACAUAACACUCAGGUAAACUUUAAAAAGUCUGUAAUUUUAAUAAUUUCUACCUUUUAAAUCAAUUAAAAUACUUUUAAAGGGGUGGCAUAGUGAAUAAGGAUAAAUUAGACCAUGACAUUAAAAUUAACAAUUAAAAUUAAUAUUUCAAGCCUGGAUAUGCAAGGCCUUAUACAGUUAGGAAACGGCUUGAAAAGCAGCAUAGCUGGAAAGCAAAAAGCAAGACGGGGUAAGUAUGUACUAACAACUACAGUAAUAAGAGCUGAUAUCCAGAACACAUAGACUUUUUUUGGCUUUUAAUUAGCACCAUGAAAGCUAGAUUUCUGAAUUCCUGGUUCUGUGUCUACUAAAUAAACACUAGAGUUUCAAAAGUGUAGAACAUCUAGUAACUCUUGCUAAUUUGUAUCCCAUGCAAAAUCUCCAGGAAUCAAAGAAUUCUGUGAAUACAGAUUCAAAAUGCAAAUGCCUCGUUGCCUUUGCUUAGGCUUUGAUCACUUUAUAAAUAGUUCUCUCUCUCACAUCAGCUAGUCCAUUUUAUUUCCUAUUGUAUCUGUGAUUGUGAGAAGGGUGCAGGUUCAUUUAUGUGGUCUCAGGAAUAAAAUUCUCUAGAUAUAAACCAGUUUUGGAACUAAGCACUAAAUGUUAAGAAAGACUAACUUAUUGCUUGUUUUUUGUUUUUUUUUAAUAGUGAGGGACACACUAAGAAUUAUUUAUAUAUGCUUUAUUUGCAACUCUGGCUACUAUAUCACAUUAUUUAAAAAAAAAAAAAAAAGUUUUUU